AUGGCGUCGAGGACGCGCGCGCAGGGGUGGAUGUGGGUGAUCGGGGGGGUGAUCUUCGUCGCGUUGGCGACGAGCGCGCGACGCGAGACGCGCGAUCGAGAGAGCCGACGGAUGGUGGCGAGACGGUUGGGGGGGCACGAGAGCGCGAUGCGUGGUAUGGCGUACGCGAAGGCUGGGGACGUGGAGUUGGGGAAGCGACGGGCGGCGGCGGUUGAUUACGAACGCGUGCUACGCGACGCGACGCCGGACGCCGUCGUCGUCGGAAGCGAACCGACGCCGGAACCGACGACGACGCGCGUGACGUCGAGCGUGCGUGAUGAUGAACAGUGGAGAUACGCCGUGGUGAUCGAUGCCGGGAGCACGGGGAGCCGCGUGCACGUGUUUAAGUUUGAGACGCGAGACGCGAGCGGCUUGACGCUCGUGAACGACGAGUUCGAGGAGAUCAAACCUGGAUUGAGCGCGCACGCGAACGAUCCCAAGGCGGCGGCGGAUUCUUUGAGGGGUUUGAUGAAGACCGCGGUGGAGUCCGUGCCGCUGGCGGAUCGCGCGAAGACGAGCAUUGCGCUUCGCGCGACGGCUGGUUUGCGCCUACUCAAGGGGGGCGCCUCGGACGCCAUCUUGGCCGAGUGUCGAAAACUCUUCGAUGAGUACCCGUUCACGCACGACGCGUCGAGCGUCUCCGUCAUGGACGGCGUGGACGAGGGCGCGUUCCAGUGGCUGACGAUGAAUUAUUUACUCGGAAAUUUAGUCGGAGGAGGCGCGGAUCAGGAUGGCGACGUCCACACCGUCGCCGCGGUGGAUUUGGGGGGAGGUUCAGUGCAAUUGGCCUAUCAAGUCGCCCCCGACAGCGUCUCUCGAGCGCCAAAGGGAUACAUCACCAAGCUCAAGGCGCUCGGGCACACUUUCGACGUGUACACGCACUCGCAUCUCGGACACGGGUUGAUGGCGGCGCGCGCCGCCGUCUUGGCGCAAGCCCAAGUUGAGGGUUCGUCUCCGUGCGUGCACGCCGGUCACAACGACACGUACGUGUACGCUGGAGAAACGUAUCGAUCGGUGGCGCACGCGAACGGGAGCAGUCACGAUUCGUGCUUUGAUGUCGCCGUCGAAGCGCUCGGCGUCGACAAGGAUUGCGAACGAGAGAAGGAGUGCUCCUUCAACGGCGCCUGGGGCGGCGAGCCGGGACAGGGAAGCAAGCGUGUGUACCUCUCGAGCUAUUUGUGGGACCGCGCCGUGAACGUGGGCAUAGUCUCCGACGAUGAGAUCGACGGACGCUCGAGCGUGAAGGAGUUCAAGCGCGCCGCCGAGGACGCGUGCAAGCUCGACGUCAAGGGUGUGAUCAAAAAGUAUCACGGUAUCGAGGAAAAGGACGCCCCUUAUCUUUGCAUGGACCUCACAUUCGCCCAAGCCUUGCUCUCGGUCGGGUUCGCCAAGCACGGUUGGGACGACUUUACCCUCGUCAAGCGCAUCGAGUACCAAGGACGAGCGGUCGAGGCGGCGUGGCCCCUCGGCGCCGCGCUCAACUCGAUGUGA